AACACUCAAACUUGUGUACGAUUAAGCUAUACGCGAACUCGUUUACAAUCAACAUCUCCUCUUAAUUACGUUAUCACCUCGUCCCACACAGCCACCGACCGCGUCCAAACCCCGACAUGUAUCAUUCCUCGCUUUCCCGCGCGGUUCAGCUCCAUCCCUUUCCCCUCACCCUGAUCCAUCCAACAAGUGAACAAGUCUCCAUAGCGAACUUGCCCACCGCCCGCAGGCGCACGGCGAAUCCCACCACCACCUGCGCUGCAUGCGCAUCCUCCUGCCGCCCAUCCCACUGCUCGCGGGCUGUGGUCCAGUUGACCCCACACAGCCCACACCCCGCGCCAUGGCCGACGAAGCCUAGGCCAACAUGUGCGCGCGCGUCCCGAUCCCACCCACAAAAGCCCAGUCUAUUUGUUCCCCUCGCUCUCUCGAACCCCCAAAGCCAACACACGCGCGACCGGACGAGGAGUUGAGCCGAGAGCGGAGGGAAUCUGAAUCUAUCCGAGGGAGAGAUGAAGCGGGUGGUGGUGGUGGGGGAGGAGGAGAAGUACUGCGAGGGGGAGGACAGGGAGCUGACGGUGCGGAAGACGACGCUCUUCUCGCCGGGGGACGGGCGGCUGGAGGCGUACGACCACCGCACGGGGGCGCUGGCGUUCCGGGCCGAGACGUACGGCCGCGGGGGCGCCUGCGGCGGCGGCGCGGCGGCGGGGGACCUCGCGCUGCUGGGCGGCGGCGAGGAGCCCGUGCUCACCGUGCGCCGCCGCCGCCCCAGCCUGCACCACCGCUGGGACGGCUUCCUCGGGGACGGCGCCGCGGCCGGCCAGAAGCCGCUCUUCUCGGCCCGCCGCUCAUCGAUCCUCGGCGGGGCCGGGGCCGGCGUCCUCGUCGACCUCCUCUCCCCCACCCCCGCCAUGGAGUUCCGCGUCGAGGGGUCAUUCCCGAGGCGCUGCUGCCGCGUGGUGUCCGUGCCCUCUGCCGCGGCAGGCGGGGAGGAGGAGGAGGAGGUGGUGGUGGCGGAGGUCCGGAGGAAGGUGGUGGACGAGGGCGCGCACGUGGUGCUCGGGCGGGACGUGUUCGUGCUGUGGGUGCGGGCGGGGUUCGACGCCGCCUUCGCCAUGGGGAUCGUGCUCGUGCUCGACCGGAUCACCGGCGACGAGGUCGACGGCGAUGGCCUCCUCGAAUCCACAUCGCCCGUACUGUAGGGAGGCUCUCCUUUGGUUUGCGCAUGCAGGAUUGUUGGGCAUACUUGCUGCUUUUGGUUCGUGAAGGUUACCCUGGGUGCAUCUUGCAAACUCCUGGCGUUAUUCACUUAUUUGCGUCGCAGAGUUCUGAUCUGCCCUUGUGGAUUGAGCUUGCAGUGGCUAUGAGUGAACAUUGGCGAGAUCUCUGAUGCACUGUUUGGAUAUUAUACUUCUGUUCGUUAUUAGUAGUAUUGUACAGUACAUUCCAAAAUCAUUUCUUAUAUAGAGUCAUUGAAGUAGUUUUUCUAUCUC